GCCCGAGUCUCCGCCCCGGGGUGGGGCGGAGCAGCCUAGCCCCGCCGCGCCGGCUGGAUCGCGCAGCCUGCGGCGAAGCACCAUGAGCAAGACCCACCGCAUAGUCCUCCAGGGGCCGGCGCCCUGGGGUUUCCGCCUGGUGGGGGGCAAAGACUUCGAGCAGCCGCUCACCAUCUCCAGGGUAAGCAGGGAGCCCCGAAACUUCCGGGAGAAACCUGGAUUGGGAUUGGAGCGGGAGGAAGAGAGCGCCUCUGAACAUGUGCAGAACGCCCUGCGUCGCCAACUGCAACUCCCGCGCCUCGAGCCGGAUCCUUUGGGUCCCCAUCCCCUCGCUUUUUAGGGAAGGACGUUCCAGUUCUGAGACGGGCUUGAAUCUGAGCUCUUCUGAAUCUUCAGCAGGGGUCUCUCGGGUUGGGGGACCCAAGGAGAGAAAUCCGGGAUCGGGGCCAGGAUCCGCCGGCCAAGGGGCGCUGGGAAGCCGGCCGGCAGCAGCCCUUCCCCGGCCCUUUUUCCUUGGCAGCUGGUGCUCAGAGGCGCGCGGUGGUGCCCGUGAGUCUGGAGGUGUCGAUUAGCUACCCGUUGAUAAAAUCGCGAGGAAUGCUCCCAGCUCCCUGGAAUUUCCUGGGAUUUUGUCUAAUCCCCUUUCAAAUCCAUUGCAGAUAUCGGGCUGAUGAUCCGAGGCGUGUUAGCACUUGGAAGGGUGAAAGCAAAUGCCAAAAGUAAAAGCUAGGAGGUGAUGGGCUUUGCGUCCACAUGGGUGGUUAAAAAAAACCCAACAUCCUGUAUUUUCCCAAAUUUUUGCAGCCUGCAUGUUACAGAUCACAAUGGUAUUUGAAAUAAACUGACAGUUUUCUGCCCUUAAAUGGGGACUGAACUUUUUGUUGUUGCGGUGGCUGCUUCCUUCAGCUUCGAUGGAGUGCUGUUUCUACUUGCCUGAUAGAUUGCCAAAGUUGGAGGAAGGAGGAAAGCUCUGAGAGGUGCCGCACCUACUUGAGACCUGGGGAGUGGCUGCUGCUGCAGUAACAGCUGCUUGGUUGUGCCCAGGUGGGGGCUAAUCUCUGUCCCCCCCCCAAAGGUAUCAACUAGCACUGUUGACAAAGUAUUUGUCAUUGUCUGAAUAUUCCUGCCUUCACAUUUUCGUUAGGGUAAUGACCAGGAAUCGUACCGAAUGCACUCGCUGUAAAUACUUCAUCCAUCCUUCUAGUAGGAAAAAUGUAUAUUUCUGACUGUUCUUAGCACCCCCUCUGCCAACUUUAUUGACUGAUAAUAAAAGCAAUUAGCUUUUUCAAAAACUCCAAUCCCUUGGUACUCACAGAUUUAGGGUGGCCUAAGCUAAUGAAUUCUAGCAUUUAAUUUUUUGCAUGACAGUCAUACACCAGGAAGACCCACUGGAAUUGGUGGAUUUAAGUUACUUAAUUCCAUUGAUUUCAUUAUUCUGCUCUGAGUAUGAUGUAACACUGGAUAUCACCAUCUGAAAAUGAUUUAUUUUUUUUGGGGGGGGGGAAUUACAGUUAAAAGACACGUCCUGUGACACCUUAAAGAAACUUACAAUGAUGUACUGUGCCAGAAGUGUCCAUGGAGUGACUUGCAAAAGCUUAUGCUGCAGCGAAUCUCCUAAUUUUCUCUGGUUUCUCCCCAGCCCACAUUGAAUGUAGUUGUCUCAUAAUGCCUUCAACUGAGCAAUGCUUUUGGCGCUGUGGGUUAAACCACAGAGCCUAGGACUUGCCGAUCAGAAGGUUGGUGGUUCGAAUCCCCGUAACAGGGUGAGCUCCCGUUGCUCGGUCCCAGCUCCUGCCAACCUAACAGUUUGAAAGCACAUCAAAGUGCAAGUAGAUAAAUAGGUACCACUCCGGCGGGAAGGUAAACGGCGUUUCCGUGCGCUGCUCUGGUUCACCAGAAGCGGCUUAGUCAUGCUGGCCACAUGAUAAACACUGGCUCCCUUGGCCUAUAGUGCGAGAUGAGCGCCGCAACCCCAGAGUCGGUCAUGACUGGACCUAAUGGUCAGGGGUCCCUUUACCUUUUUAACCCAAGGAGAUACUUCAGACAGGGGCGUCUUAUCCAUAGGGGUGCAGGGCGCCAAGGCCUGGAGGGCGCCAGGGAAGAGGCGGAGGCUGGAUGCGGCGCCUCCUGGCAUCAGCUCGCUGCCCUUGCCCGCCUCCACCAUGCCACGCCGAAGCAGCGCCGCACUCAGAGCCACAGCGGCACAAAGCGUCCAGUCUCUGCCUCUUGCCCGCCAAAGGAGCCGCCCUCCAGCUGCUGGCCACCUCCUCCAGCCCCGCUGACAGCGCUGCCCUCCCUAAAAAACUGGGAAAUGGCAGGGGGAGCACCGGAGGGAGCUUUGCACCACGGCGCCAGAUAUCCUUAAGACAGCUCUGACACCAGACAUCGGGAAGCUUAUUCUCAGAAAACGGUGCCUGCUUUUAGGAAUAUAUCACCAUGAUUCCAAGUGAGCAGCAGUGCUGUGAGAUCUUCCAGCAGUUUAAAAGCAGGGUUAUUUAAGACUCAGGAAGGGUGAAUAGGAGCUCACCUUUCUCUUUCCCAGCCUCAAAUAGCCAGAGGCGAAAAGGUUAGUUUCUGCUGCUGGAAUUCCAGGCUGCUAGUAGGUUAUGGAGCUCUGGGUACGAUGUUCAAAUAAGGCUAUGGGCUCCUGAUUCAGAUCUCAUUCUCCGGAGCAGCCCAGCUCUCUGUCAAAGUCCUUUCAGCAAAACAGGGGUUUUGAUUACGGAAAACAAAUCCAUAUUUUUUUGUUAAGCGCCUAACCACAUACUUUCCAAAAUGGGAUCUGCCGUGGAGUAAUUUGAAGGCUCCCUCUAGCAGAUUGGUUUCGAAACCAUUUUUUCUUAGCAAAGGGAACAAUGAAAAAAGGGUGAACAUUUGCUUAGGGAGUUGCUUUUUGUGUGUGUGACACAGUCUACCAAUUUCUCUCUGCUAAGAUAGAACCCUUAUGCUGUUUUUGUGUCUGCUCCCCAGAAAUCUACAGGGUUUGUUUUUGUUUUUUAAUUGAGAACCCGCACAAACAAGGCUUCUUGUGUUCUGCGUAUAUUUUCAUAAAAUAGGUGGACUAUUUUGGUGGGUCGCCACACAAAACCUUCCAAAUGGGUAGCUGAAUGAGUACACAGGUUUUGCCUGGUAAAUCUUGGUGCAUAGUCCAAUUCAGUUGUACCUUGGGCUCGGUUCCUUGUCCGAAGAAUGGGAAUAGGGAGCUGCUAUUCUUCCUAGGUGAAAAAAAAUAAAAUAACAUUGUGGCACAGGAAGGGAUGGGGAACCUCCAGCCCAUGGGCCAAACUUGGCCUGUGAAGCCAUUUUUUGGAAGCCACAACCACCCUUAUACCUGACAUCAUACCUGACAUCAGGUGUGUGGCAGGUAAGGGCAGGGCUUCAAAGGAGUGAUCAGGAGCUUAAAGUAAGCUGACAUUUGUUUCUUUGCUGGGCUCAAAAUGCACACCUUUCUCCUGCUCAUGUAGGGCAGCCCCCUUGCUACAUCAAUUGAGGCUCUAAUAAUAAUAACAAUUUAUUAUUUAUACCCCACCCAUCUGGCUGGGUUUCCCCAGCCACUCUGGGCAGCUCCCAUCAGAAUAUUAAAAACACGAUGAAACAUCAAACAUUAAAAACUUCCCUAAACAGAGCUGCCUUCAGAUGUCUUCUCAAAGUCAGAUAGUUGUUUAUUUCCUUGACAUCUGAUGGGAGGGCAUUCCACAGGGCGGGCGCCACCACCAAGAAGGCCCUCUGCCUGGUUCCCUGCAACCUCACUUCUUGUAGGGAGAGAACCGCCAAAAGGCCCUUGGAGCUGGACCUCAGUACCCGGGCUGAGCAAUGGGGGUGGAGACGCUCCUUCACUGCCUUCCUCCAUUGCUUCCUGUUCCCCUUUCCUUUUCCUAAAUCAAAAAUAUAAUAAAAGCCUUAUAUGGAAGAAAGGGAAAGGAGUCGCAGGUGGUUCAGAAUUCCACUGGACACAGAAGAGGUUCCGUAGGGCAUCUUAGGCUCAAGUGAUGCACAGAGUAUUACUUCUUGAUAGCUUAAAGCCCUGUGAGCCUGGCAAGGAAUUAUGGGUGAGAGAACCUCCCUCUUCCUCAAACCCAUGUCUCUGAAUUGAGUUAACGGAACAGCAAGGAAUAUUUAUUUAAAAGAAUAUCCAUUUUGCCCAAGAAUAAAUAUGAAUGCCGUCCGUACAAAAGUAAGAGACGCAAGAGCGACAGAGAUGCUGAGCUACUUCCUCUAAAAUUAACACUGCCCAAUGUUUCUUCAGUCGUCAUCUUUGGCGAUCACUCGUAACCGAGUAAGAUUGUCUUCCAUAAACAUGGUCUUAACAGUGAGUCCAUAAGUGAUUGUGGAGGCCAAUUCUGGAUCCACGCGUCCUUCUACAGUGGGGACAUAGGUUUCUGGGUGGGAGUUGAUCAUACUGAGGUUUACACGUUUAGCACGUUUCUCCCUAUCGUCCUGAGUUUGAGCAUCUUCAAAACCCAUGACACCUUUGGUCAAGGCUGUUCUCCAACUGGAGCUCUCACAGGCCAUUGUUUCCCAGUUGUCAGUGUUUAUACCAUAUUUUUUUAGACUUGCCUCGAGACAGUCUUUAAACCUCUUUUGUUGAUCACCAGCAUCACAUUUUCCAUUUUUAAGUUCAAAAUAGAGUACAGUGGUACCUCGGGUUAAGAACUUAAUUCGUUCUGGAGGUCUGUUCCUAACCUGAAACUGUUCUUAACCUGAAGCACCACUUUAGCUAAUGGGGCCUCCUGCUGCUGCCGCGCCGCUGGAGCACAAUUUCUGUUCUCAUCCUGAAGCAAAGUUCUUAACCCGAGGUAAUAUUUCUGGGAUAGCAGAGUCUGUAACCUGAAGCGUAUGUAACCUGAAGCAUAUGUAACCCGAGGUACCACUGUAGUUGCUUUGGAAGACGAUAAUCAGGCAUCCGCAUGACAUGACCAGUCCAACAAAGUUGAUGUUGAAGAAUCGUUGCAAGCAGCUGUGUAAUAAGAGGCACGAUUGGUGAAACUCGUGUAUUUGUAUAACUGUAGGUUGGGAAGUGACCCAAAAGCCCAUGUGUUUCAACCCCCCUGCCCCCAGGGGCAUAGGAAGGGGGGCGGUGAAGGUGGACCUCCCCAAGUGCCCUCACUGAGGGGGUGACAUUUGGCUUGCCACCCACCUGUGACUCCCAAGCCUACCUCGAGCCAUCGGGUCGAGGCUAAGGGCCAUCGGAGCCUGCCAGUAGGCGUCAAGCCGCUGGGGGCUGCAAGGGGACUCGGCCGCACCUGGGCAGCAAACACUGGCGGACAGCGCUCGCACUCAGGCAGCUCUCUGCCCCUACCUGGAAUCUUCUUCGAGUAGCUAAGAUCCAUCGUGUGUCUAUGGGGCAGCAAACUACCUUGCCUUGCCCCGGGUGCUGACAACCCACGCUACGCCACUGGGAGCUGCGCCUCUUUGCCAGCGACAUUCUUCCCUUCCCCUUUGACAGCUGGGGGAGGCUUGGGAGUCACGGGCGGGCAAAUAUCUGCCAUGGGCGGCUCGCUCCGCUCCCGUGAGUGGCUCUCUCCGUCCCAGGCUGCAGGGUGUGUGCGCCGCUCCAGGCACCUAAGAGGCUAUCCUGCAGCUGGCAGGGCACCCUCUGCGCCAUGCCCCCCUCGGGAGCACAGGCAUAUGUUUUGCCGCUGCCUGCCCCACCUUCCUCAGAAGGACUGCCCCACUCAUGGAUGGUUUUUUAAGCCACCCUGAUUUUGUUAUCACUUGAAUGUGUAAUUUUUAUUGUUUCCGAGCACAAUUCAAAGUGUUGGUGCUGACCUUUAAAGCCCUAAAUGGCCUCUGUCCAGUACAGUGGUACCUCGGGUUAAGUACUUAAUUUGUUCCGGUGGUCCGUACUUAACCUGAAACUGUUCUUAACCUGAAGCACCACUUUAGCUAAUGGGGCUUCCUGCUGCCGCCGCGCUGCCAGAGCCCGAUUUCCGUUCUCAUCCUGAAGCAAAGUUCUUAACCUGAAGCACUAUUUCAAGGUUAGCGGAGUCUGUAACCUGAAGCGUACGUAACCCAAGGUACCAUUGUAUAUCUGAAGGAGCGUCUCCACCCCCAUCGUUCUACCCCGACACUGAGGUCCAGCGUCGAGGGCCUUCUGGCGGUUCCCUCACUGCGAGAAGCCAAGUUACAGGGAACCAGGCAGAGGGCCUUCUCGGUAGUGGCGCCCGCCCUGUGGAACACCCUCCCACCAGAUGUCAAAGAGAACAACAACUACCAGACUUUGGAAGACAUCUGAAGGCAGCCCUGUUUAGGGAAGCUUUUAAUGUUUGAUGCAUUACUGUAUUUUAAUAUUUUUUUGGAAGCCACCCGGAGUGGCUGGGGAAGCCCGGCCAGAUGGUCAGGGUAUAAAUAAUAAAUUAUUAUUAUUUCAGCCCAGCUAAUUCCAGAUCAUAGGGAGUUGUUUCUUUCUAGGCAUUUAAAUCAGGCACAGGCAAACUCGGCCCUCCAGAUGUUUUGAGACUACAGUUCUCAUCAUCCUUGACCUGUUAGCUAGGGAUGAUGGGAGUUGUAGUCCCAAAACACCUGGAGGCCAAGUCUGGGGGUGCCUGAUUUAAAUGGAUACAGUAUGCAAACCAAUAAUGGCUAUUUUUGACCUCUGGCAAACCCUGAAGAUGGUAACUGGCUCUAUAGAGCAAGUUAGCUGCUUCUAUAGCAAAUACCCCAAGAGCUCUUUGCCCAGGGUGUUCUCCUGUGUGCUGGGAUGGCAGGACACUUUUAUUUCAUUUAUUUAUUGUUCAGGAGAAAAAAGCCAUGCUUGCAGACAGCUCUACUACAGCAUUUUAAAAGAGCUGGAGGUUAGAAUCAGGAAAGCUAUUUUCACAUGGAGAGUUACUGGAACGGUUUCCAGCCUGCCAAAGGAAACAGUGGGUGCGGCUUGUUAAAUAAUGGGGAGAUGAUUUAGUCAAAUACUAUUCCAGCUUCUGGCACUGACUGCUAUUAUUGUUUAAUUUAGAUGUAAAAACAAAAUAGUCCUGCCACCUUAUCUUGUGCUUGUUAUAGUUCAGUAUACAAUACUUGGGGGAUAAGACCAGUUUUCACUCUCAUUAUUCUGUAUGCUGGUGCUAACAGUCCUUUUAACCUCAUUAUAAGGGAUUUUUGAAGGUAUCGUUCAUCUGAAUUUUAAACUACAGUCAUACCUUGGUUCUCAAACAGAAUGUGUUCCGGGAGUCCGUCCAACUCCUGGAAGUGUUCCAAAACCAAGGUGUGGCUUCCAAUUGGCUGCAGGAGCAUCCUGCAGCCAACCAGAAGCCAGGCUGGACAUUUAGCUUCCGAAAAUCGUUCAAAAACUGGAACACUCACUUCCAGGUUUCGAUCGUUUGGGAGCAGAUUUAUUCAGGAGCCCAAGGCAUUUGAGAUCUAAGGCACGACUGUACAGUGGUACCUCAGGUUAAGUACUUAAUUCGUUCCGGAGGUCCGUUCUUAACCUGAAACUGUUCUUAACCUGAAGCUCCACUUUAGCUAAUGGGGCCUCCUGCUGCCGCCGCGCCGCUGGAGCACGAUUUCUGUUCUCAUCCUGAAGCAAAGUUCUUAACCUGAAGCACUAUUUCUGGGUUAGCGGAGUCUGUAACCUGAAGCGUAUGUAACCUGCGGUACGACUGUAUUUAUUAUGGUAUGCUUGUUUUGGGGAAAUCAGUGACCAGUCUAGCUGCCGCGUUCUGGAUUAGUUGUAGUUUCCGGGUCACCUUCAAAGGUAGCCCCACGUAGAGCGCAUUGCAGUAGUCCAAGCCUAAGAUAACCAGAGCAUGCACCACUCUGGUGAGACAGUCCGCAGGCAGAUAGGGUCUCAGCCUAGGUACCAGAUGGGGCUGGUAAACAGCUGCCCUGGACACAGAUUUGACCUGUGCCUCCAUGGACAGCUGUGAGUCCAAAAUGACUCCCAGGCUGCGCACCUGGUCCUUCAGGGGCACAGUUACCGCCUUCAGGACCAGGGAAUCCUCCACACCUGCCCGCCUCCUGUCCCCCCAAAACAGUACUUCUGUCUUGUCAGGAUUCAACCUCAAUCUGUUAGCCGCCAUCCAUUCUCCGACCGACAAUCCUCCAAUCUCAUCUCCACUAGUUCAGGAAUCUUUCAGUUGCACAUGGAGUCAACAAGAGAAAAUGAUGGCCAGGCAAUUAAAGAAGGGAUCAGAUGUUAUUUUGGUAAAAGGGGGAGGUGAAUUAAUUCCACUUCUGGUGGGUCAUCUCUGUGGAACACUGCAUUGGGGUAAUAAGGGAUCUGCAAAGAACCAUUCAAAGCCAGCAUCUGAGGAUAACAGUCUAUGCCAUCCAAUCACAGUGCUUUGCAGGGUGAAUAAAAAUAAAUGGUUUUUUAAAAAGUUUUUUUUUAAAAAAAUGGAUUUUUUUUUAUUUAAACCAGAUUUUUAAAAUAAGAUGCUUUUGGAGGAAAUAUCUUUCUAAAGAUAAUUUUCUAUUUAAGUUACAUUAUAGUCCAAAGGCUAUUCAUCAGGAAAUAAGGAUUUGUUUUAAGUUUUUCAUGUGUGCUAAAACUCAGGCUAAGUUAAAAAAACAAAAACACAAAAGUUUAACUACAUCAGUUAACAAACAUGGAUACAUAUGCUAUAAUGUUAUUGCUUUAGUUAAAUAAAUUGUUCAAAUUGUUAUUAAGGAAAUGAUUAUUUUCUCCUUCCAAUAAAGUACAGCAGAAAAGUUAUCCAAAUAUAAACAGUUCACUUGUUAAACAUCACAAUAAUUUCAUAAUUAUCGGUCUAUGUACUAUUUCUAAUAGUAUAACCAAAUCAGUAAUUUUUGGUAGAACUGUGAAAACUACUCUGAAAAUUUAUUAUUCAAAAAAUGAAACCUUCCACUGGUUGUAAAUAUUAAGAUUAUACCAGCAAGAAUAAGUCUUUCUGUAAAAAAGAUUUAAAUCAAGUCUUACUGACUAAUGAUUUAAAUCAAUAUGAUUUAAAUCAAAUCACCCUACUCCCCAUAAAGCACAUCUCAUCUUCACCAGUUCAGGAACCUUUCAAGUGCACAUGGAGUCAACUAGAGAAAACGUUGGCCAGACAAUUAAAGAAGUGAUCAGGUGUUAUUUCGGUAAAAGAAGAAGGUGAAUUAAUUCUAGUGGGUCAUCUCUAUGGAACACUGCUUUGGGGUAAUGGAUCUGCAUCUGAGGAUGACAGUUUAUGCCACCCAAUGACGUUGCUUUGAAUGAAAUAAUGAGCAUCUUGUCAGUGAUAACAAUAAAUCUGUAUCUCAUGUUGGAAACUGGAGUGUGGCAAAGUUUUAUGGCUCCUAGAACCCCUCUGGGACGCGGGUGGCGCUGUGGGUUAAACCACAGAGCCUAGGACUUGCAGAUCAGAAGGUCGGCGGUUCAAAUCCCUGCGACGGAGUGAGCUCCCGUUGCUCAGUCCUUGCUCCUGCCAACCUAGCAGUUUGAAAGCACCUUAAAGUUCAAGUAGAUAAAUAGGUACCGCUCCGGCGAGAAGGUAAGCGGUGUUUCCGUGCGCUGCUCUGGUUCGCCAGAAGCGGCUUAGUCAUGCUGGCCACAUGACCCAGAAGCUGUUCACCGGCUCCCUCGGCCAAAAAAGCGAGAUGAGCGCCGCAACCCCAGAGUUGGUCACGACUGGACCUAAUGGUCAGGAGUCCCUUUACCUUUACUUUUAGAACCCCUCUGGUUUCAGCAGACACAGCUCAGAAACGUGAACCCCCUUCACACUACAUUUAAAUACUACUUUUCUUUUUAAGUUUCUACCCUCGUGAAAAGUACUGAAGGCCAAGAUGGCCAGAAUUCACAGGAGCCAGAAACACUCAACAUUUCUGUGCCAUGUUUUGUGUUCUAAAUGUUUGGAUCUCUUUUGUUAGGAAUGGCAAACUGGUAUGCAAUAGUUCAGAGAUGGCUCAUUGCGAAUGAAUGUGCUUUUCUUAACCGCGGACUCCCACUCAUUCUAUCAUUCCAUUGUGAAAGCCAAAGCUAGGGGAAACUAAAAAGCGAGCUGGUUGAUUGAUGGGUUUUCGUUUUUCCUUUAGUCCAGUUUUAUGUUGCUGUUUGUUUUCCCCCACUGGUGAGUGUUUGUUAAUAUGCACAAAGUCACCGUUUUUGUAGAAUGGUGUGUGAAACAAGACAGUAUCUCAUUGAUCCUUUACAAUAACCCCAUAAGGUAGGCCAGUAAAAUUAGCACUGUACUACAGAGGCCUAAGAGUGAUUCAUUUACAGUUUUUAUGUUUGUGCCUUUCAAUAAAAUAUUCAAAGGCAUUCUGCUACUUUCUUUGUAGCCAACUCCCGGUUCCUCUUGUGAAACAAGCCAGGACCAGUAUACAAAGAACAGCCUGGGGCCUUGAGUUUUGCUUUGGUGACAAUUUCUGUUUAUCUUUUUUCUUCUUCUUCUUGCAGGUAACCCCUGGCAGCAAAGCUGCAGCUGCCAAUUUAUGCAUUGGAGAUGUUAUCAUGUCCAUUGAUGGGGAAGAUACAGAAAGCAUGACUCACCUAGAAGCACAGAACAAAAUCAAAGGCUGCAUAGACGAAAUAAUUCUGACCGUGGGCAGGUAAAGUAGCAUUUGGAUUGGAGGAAUGAAAUCUGCCUGGCUCAAGUAUCCAAUGAGCACAUAUCACAGCUAUGGUUGGUUUACUGUAGGAGGAAAAAUAUGAAUCCCUGUGACCCAGGGCUAAACUCACUCUCCAGCAGGAAAGAGCUCCCAGUAGCAGAGUUUAAACUCACAAAGGUGUUAGGAAUGUAAGUUGUUAGACCCUUUUAUCCCAUUUAGUUGUAUACAGCACUCCUCUCUUUCUGCCCCUCUUGCAAUGAACAAAGCACACCCUGUUAAGUAAGUUUAAAAUGCUUUACUUACAAAACAUUCCAAAGGUCAGAUUCAUGCAUUUAUCCAAGCAGCGGCAAGGAGAGCACAGGUAGAAAAUACAGCAAGAUAGCUUCAAACACAUGCUCUAAGCUUGGAGUUUGCUUAGGCAUGUCUUCCUUUGGUCAGUUACAUGGCGUGGAGAGAGUGAGAACAGGAAGAGAAGACUUCACUUCAUCUCUCAUCAGAGAAGAGAGAUCAUGGCCAAGCUGAGUCUAGGAAACUAGCUCUUUUGCUUUAACCCUUUCAUGCACUAACUAGCACUCGCACAUAGUUCUGUUUGACUGCAGUUUCCCACAUUUACGAGCUUCAGCUAUUCCCUGACAAUGAUAGCCUGGAAACAAUAAUUCAUGCUUAGAUUAUCUCCUGUUGGAUUACUGUGAUGUGCUCUACGUAGGGCUGUUUUUGAGGAUGACGCAACAUUGCAGUGCAUGUGGAAUGAAGCUGUUUGGCUGGACAGCCAGUUGCAGCCACAUUUUACUGGUUCUUAAAUAAUUUUACUGGCUGCCAGUACAUUUCUGGUCUGAAUGCAAGGGUUCGCUGAUGACUUACAAAGCCCUGGAAGACUCAAAUACCUAAAUACUUUCCCUGUAUAGGCCUCCCAAUCUGCUAAGGAAACCCUUUUAAGCACCCCACUACUUGCUACACAAUGCUGUGACAUGUGAGAGGGCCUUUUCAUUGGUGGCACUCUGGCUAUGAAAUUUGAAACCCUCUGAAAUUUGGCUAAUGCCUACUCUGGUCUCCUGUUGGAAUGGGAUGUUUUAUUAUGGUUUCAGGAUGUGCUGAUAGGAGGCGUUCCAUCUGCCUGCCUAUUUUAUUGCUAUGCCUCAUAUUCUAAUAGAGAUUUCAUUAUUCCCUGCCACAGAUUCUUUGCAUAGAGGGUGAUCUAGAAAGCUUUGAACAAAUAAAGUAUAUGGCAAGGUGCACAUUUCCCCAGCUCUGCUCCUGCUUCCUGCACAACAUAGGAAGGUCUGAAAGGGGUCUGUAAUCAUGUUUGGCUGAAUGUGCUUAUACAGUGGCACCUCGGGUUAAGUACUUAAUUAUUUCCGGAGGUCCGUUCUUAAUCUGAAACUGUUCUUAACCUGAAGCACCACUUUAGCUAAUAGGGCCUCCUGCUGCUGCCGUGCCACCAGAGCACGAUUUCUGUUCUCGUCCUGAAGCAAAGUUCUUAACCUGAGGUACUAUUUCUAGGUUAGCGGAGUCUGUAACCUGAAGCGUAUGUAACCUGAAGCGUAUGUAACCCAAGGUACCACUGCAAAACUCUUUCGGAAUUUCUUGUUCGAUGCAAGAAGGCUGGGGUUGGUGGGGAGGGAGAGAGUUCAUUUCCUCACACCCUUAAAGGUAAAGAUAAAGGACCCCUGGAUGGUUAAGUCCAGUCAAAGGCGACUAUGGGGUUGGGGCGCUCAUCUCGCUUUCAGGCUGAGGGAGCCGGCAUUUGUCCACAGACAGCUUUCCGGGUCAUGUGGCCAGCAUGACUAAACUGCUUCUGGCGCAACAGAACACUGUGAUGUAAGCCAGAGCGCACAGAAAUGCUGUUUAUCUUGCCGUUGCAGUGGUACCUAUUUAUCUACUUGCACUGGUGUGCUUUCGAACUGCUAGGCUGGCAGGAGCUGGGAAAGAGCAAUGGGAGCUCAUUCCGUCACAGGGAUUCAAACUGCCGACCUUCUGAUCGGCAAGCCCAAGAGGCUCAGUGGUUUAGACCACAGUGCCACUCAUGCCAUGCACUGCAUGAACUACACACUUAGGGCCUGGCUGGGCACAGAGGGCGAAUAAAACCCGCCAGCGGAGAGCCGGCGUGGUGUAGUGGUUAAGAGUGGUGGACUUGUAAUCUGGUGAACCGGGUUCAUUUCCCCACUCCUCCAUAUGCAGCUGCUGGGUAACCUUGGGCUGGUCACACUUCUCUGAAGUCUCUCAGCCCCACUCACCUCACAGUGUGUUUGUUGUGGGGGAGGAAGGGAAAGGAGAUUGUUAGCUGCUUUGAGACUCCUUAAGGGGAGUGAAAGGCGGGAUAUCAAGUCCAAACUCCUCCUCCUCCUCCGCCAUGCCAGCCAAACCCUUGCUGCCGCUGCCACCGGGCAGGUGUGGGGCACAGAAGGGUCACAGGGCCCAGCCAGCCAACGCGAGCCUUGGCGGCCAUUCAGCGGCAAGGCCGGGGCCUGGAGGUCCCCAGCGUCAGGGAGGGCAGGGAUCCCAAAUCAUCCGGCCCCCCAGCCCUCCCCAUCUUAUGCCCCUGGUGUGGGCUGAAAUUUGUAAUGGACUUUUGUGGUUGCGGCAAAAGCAGCAAGUGUCUGCUGUAUCUUCUCAUGUCAGGGCUAGGAGUUUCUCAGCAGUUCCUUCUCUCCAGGGGGGAGAGCACUUCCGGUUGGUUCAUCAUGGACUCUCCUCUUCCUUCCUUCCUUCCAAAGCCCCUCUCCUCUUCUCCGGCUUCUGUGCCAGCUCCUGCCUGCUUUUUGGCUAUCUAUUCCUUUCCUGGUAGGAGAUUUAUGUGAAGGUUUCAUAUUCUGCCAGAUCAGCUCAUAAGAGUUGGGUUCAUGGUCCAAGAACGUCUUUCUCCCUCCCCUCCUCUCCUUUUUUUUCUUUGGAAUGGAGAUGAGCAAUUAUUGUGCAAGAUUAUGCAACUCUUGAGCUAAUAUAUAACCACGAGUAAUCAGAAAAACUAUUGUGGGAUGGGAGGAACUGCAGAUACUUUUUUUUGCGCGAACUCUUUUAAUGUCGUUGUAAAUAGUUGCACAAUGCUUCUCUUGUUCCUGUCUUCCCUCCCAAAGCUUUGGAACAAACACCGUGAAUUUCUGUGUUAAAGUUACUUUUACUGUUGCAGAAUCACUUCCAAGAAGUGGAGCUGGCAGCAUAUCCUCUUCAUUCAAUCGCCAGCGGCACAGAAAAGCCGAAUUUAAGUCACAAAACUUGUCCAAGAAGUGAAGCAACCACCCAGACAGCUCUUGAGAGAGAAGUAUUUUAAUCAGGGACCAAAAUGUGCUACAGUAACAAAAGCCUGUGACUAAGGGUCUAUUGGAUUAGCUCAAAGAGGGAAAGCAAAACAAGGAACUCGACUCAAAAAAUUGAGGGAAGUGGAUGUACUCCAGGAAUGCCACAAAUUCGCUUGACUCACUCCAGCCCUGUCAUUUUCCUGAGAAUUCCCUCGACCCUGAGAAACGUCUGUGUCGUUCAACCUAGUCUGGCACGCUGUGUAUGCAUGUCUGUCUAUAUAUGGACAUUAAAACAGACAGGCUGCUUCUUGAAGGUUUAAUUAUUAUUGAUGGCUAUUGGCAAAGUGUGUUUGCACUGGAAUGUUGUGUAUGGGAUAUUUCAGAGAGCUGGCUUCUUCAGAAGAACGGAUGCUAAACUUUAGAGAGUGCCUUUCCCACAAAAUCCAGCCUUUCUCAACCUUGGGUCUCCAGGUGUUGCUAGACUACAACUCCCAUCAUCCCUGACGGCUAGCCCUUCUCACUAGGGAUGAUGGGGGUUGUAGUGCAGCAACAUCUAGGGAACCCAAGGCUGAGAAAGCUUGCCCAGCGAUCAAAGCCUUGACAUGCUCUCCCCUUCUAAAAACGGUCCAUUUUAGAGCCAGUUACCUGUCGAGUCUCUAGUCGGCCUCACUGAGAUUUGCUUUUACUGAGCAGCGUUUUCAAGCUAUGCCGUCCGCCGUCCUGGACGGGUGAGACAACAGGGUGCCGUAUAAAGGCAGACUCUGUAUAUGUGGGUUCCCUUAACUGCUCAGCUGAGGUAAGGAAAUCUAGCAGACGCCACUAGCAGAGGGACUCAGGAGUGGUGGUGGUUUCACCAGUGAUAUACCUCUGUGUGAAGCCGACAUCAUGGUCUGCUCCUCCUCCUAAUAAUCAUAAUCAUAAUCAUUUGUACCCCACCCAUCUGACUGCGUUGUCCCAGCCACUGGGUGGCUUCCAAUAAAUAAAAAAGCAUAAUGUGGAAGUAUAGCAGCAAAGGUCAUUUAGUUAGUAACCUAAAGGUUAAUUUUAUUGUCAGACAGCCAACCAAGAGGAUGGUGGUGAUUGAAGUGUUGCCUAGCAACCAGUCAGAGGGGCAUGAUCCUUCUCAGGUAACACAUGCUUUGAUUGGCUAUGUAGCUGCCAGGAGUUUUCCUCUGUAUGUUUAGUUGAAUGUCUCCUUGCUAUAGACAAGGCCUGCCCUAAAAAAGGGAAAACCUCUCUUGUUUGCUUCUCCUCAAAUUAUACACCAUAUUUCGUUCAAUUUCCGCAUUGUAGUGUUAACCAGACUUUUCUCUCAGAACUCCAUCUGCAUACUGGUCCUGGGCGAUAUAUUGAUAUAUCGCCCAGACCUAUACAUUGGACCCAAGGGGAGAUUUCUCACCCUACCGCCCAUACAGGAAAGAUGCCUCUCCCCGGCAGAGUAGCUCCUAUGACUUCUUAGCAAUGUAAGCAUUCCAGUGACUUGCAGAGUUGCCCUUUUUGCUCUGGCGGCCAAAAAGGUGAGAAAGAAGCCCCUGGUCAAUAUAGCAUUGAACUGAGAGACGCACAGAUCUAGGGACUAUGAUUUGUGGCGCGGCAAUCAACAACCUAAGAUAUGCAGAUGACACAACAUUGAUGGCAGAAAGUGAGGAGGAAUUAAAGAAUCUUUUAAUGAGGGUGAAAGAGGAGAGCGCAAAAUAUGGUUUGAAGCUCAACAUCAAAAAAACGAAGAUCAUGGCCACUGGUCCCAUCAUCUCCUGGCAAACAGAAGGGGAAGAAAUGGAGGCAGUGAGAGAUUUUACUUUCUUGGGCUCCAUGAUCACCGCAGAUGGUGACAGCAGCCAUGAAAUUAAAAGACGCCUGCUUCUUGGGAGGAAAGCAAUGACAAACCUAGACAGCUUCUUAAAAAGCAGAGACAUCACCUUGCCAACAAAGGUCCGUAUAGUAAAAGCUAUGGUUUUCCCAGUAGUGAUGUAUGGAAGUGAGAGCAGGACCAUAAAGAAGGUUGAUCACCGAAGAAUUGAUGCUUUUGAAUUCUGGUGCUGGAGGAGACUCUUGAGAGUCCCAUGGGCUGCAAGAAGAUCAAACCUAUCCAUUCUUAAGGAAAUCAGCCCUGAGUGCUCACUGGAAGGACAGAUCCUGAAGCUGAGGCUCCAAUAUUUUGGCCACCUCCUGAGAAAAGAAGACUCCCUGGAAAAGACCCUGAUGUUGGGAAAGAUGGAGAGCACAAGGAGAAGGGGACGACAGAGAAUGAGAUGGUUGGACAGUGUUGUCGAAGCUACCAGCAUGAGUUUGACCAAACUGCGGGAGGCAGUGGAAGACAGGAGUGCCUGGCGUGGUCUGGUCCAUGGGGUCACGAAGAGUCGGUCACGACUAAAUGACGAAACAACAAAAAUCUCUUUACGUGUAUUUAUUUUUGAUUCAGAUUUGUCAUGGCCAAUGGCUAGUACAAUAAAGUUAUUGGGAUUGAGAAAACCUGCCCGAACUUGACAGGAGAAAGCAGGGAGAAAUACCUUGAGGCAGUCAAGCAACAUUUCCCGUUCUGUCGUGGAGCAUGUCCAAAAACCAGUUGAAACGCAGCCCCUAUCUUUCCCAAAUCAACAUUCACAAUGUGGACCAAAAGCAUCACCCAGCUCACUGACAGGCUGAAACCAGCAUGUUACUUUGGAACCUUGUAUUGCAUCAGUGGUGGUGAGGAUAGUUGGUGCCAUGGCCCUGGGCGCAAAAUGCUGAGGGGGCGCAACCGUGCAGGUUCCAGCUUCUACAGGGAGCCCUGCCCCACCGAAGGUGGCAGAGCGACCCGUUGGGGGGGCUGCCACCCUGGUGGUAAAAAGUUAAAAGACCUCUGAACGGUUAAAUCCAGUCAAAGGCGGCGAUGGGGUUGUGGCGCUCAUCUCGGUUUCAGGCCGAGGGAGCCGGCGUUUGUCCACCGACAGCUUUCCGGGUCAUGUGGCCAGCAUGACUAAACCGCUUCUGGCGCAACGGGACACCGUGACGUAAGCCAGAGCGCACGGAAACACUGCUUAUCUUCCCAUUGCAGUGGUACCUAUUUAUCUACUUGCACUGGCAUGCUUUCGAACUGCAAGGUUGGCAGGAGCUGGGACAGAGCAAUGGGGACUCACCCCGUUGCGGGGAUUCGAACCGCCAACCAAGAGGCUCAGUGGUUUAGACCACAGCGCCACCCUGGUGGACCCCCUCUCCAGCUCCCAUCCUUCCCUGCCUGCCUGACGUCUUAUCUGCACUGCUUUAACUCGGAACCCCCAAAUCUUGGGUCCCCUCCUCCCCAAACUCCUUCCGUGGUAACUGUAUUAAAAGAGGGCAGCCUACUCUCUUGUCAUAGAGGACUUUUUGUUUUGAGCAAGCGAAGCAUUUUGCCCCAGCUGCUCGCAGGGGACAAAGGGAGCUUAUCCUUGUAGUCGUAAGAGUGCAAACAUCAGACAUUUUGCUUCCUUGUUUGGAUAACUUCUAGUACAGAUGGAAAGCGGAGCCAAGGGCGAUGUUGUCCUUUCCAUUUUUAUCCCCUGAGCAAGUCUGCAUGGAUGCCAGCCUCUGUAAAAAAAACAACCAACACAACCCAUCAACUCUGCAUCUGUUAUUGUGUUCCUUAAAUAUAAAGGCUGACUUGAUUCGAAUGCCACAGGCUUUCUCAUUCAGAGAAAAAUAGCUGUGUAACCACCAAGGAAGCCGGAUGUGUCUCUUUAUUAGGUUGACCAAAUGCAAAGGAUGACCGUGAACUUAAGCAACUGUGUGGAAGAGGGAAUUUUGGCUAGUGAGCGCUGCAUCAGCUGAAAUUCCCUCUUCUCAUAGUGAAUUAGAAAUAUGACACACCUGUUGUUCCUUGCUUUAUCUGAUAUUCUAAGUUAGUUGCACCACACCUGGCUCUUAGAAUUGGUCUAGCCUCUUAGUUCUUCAGAUUAAGAAAUUGCUGAGACUCCAAGCCUCCGCGUCUAAUUUUCAAGAGCCAAUUAUUUUUUUGGAACCGUCACCAGGAAGAAAUAAAGAACAGCAAACUUGAUCUUCUCAGGUGGGCAAAAAGGUCACAAUAAUUUUGUCUCGGCAGGUUAUAGUUUUGAUGGCAAACUUGCAGGAUUCUUGGUCAGGUUCAAAUUUAUACAGCAAUUAGCUGAAGCUGGAAUACUUUCCCCUCUUCAAACUUUGACUUUCAGUGCUGCUGAAAGCAUCUCCCAAAAUCUUUUCCUUCUGUGCAGCCAUCAUGAGAAGUAGGAAAAUUACUUUAUGAGAUAAAGUAGAGGUUCUCGAGGGAUUUAUUGUUAUUAUUUACUCGAAACAUGUCUGACACCAGUGACCCUGCCGAGAAAACAGAUUUUUAAUGUGGGGUGGUUAGAGCUAUUGCUCUAGACUGUCUGCUAAAACAUUCCUCUGGCAUUUAAGUUUGUUCGCAUGCCAGCCACCUGACUUUCGCAAGGAUUGGGUGCUCACGAACGCCAGCGAAGUAACUGGGAACUGCAGCUGUUUUGUUCUUUUUUUUGAAAGGCAGCUGUUUUAUAUUUUAGGGAGCUAAGUUUAGCUUGCAAAUUUGGAAUGCUGGUCUUUAAAUGGAAGGUGAGAGCUCGCUUCAUUCCUCGCUCAUUCCAUCGCCGUGAUCGAGAGCCUGGGAAUCUCCCGCUCAGUGGAAUGCCCCGCUUUGUAAUGUUUGUGCACGCCAAAAAUGUUUUCGUUUGCCGUGAGUUGGGGCAAGUGACCCAGCUCCCCGAAAAGACAUUGGUGGGCUGGCGCUGAUGCAACUUCUCAGCCUCUAAAUCAUCUUGCUCAUUUAAUAAUAAUAAUAAUAAUAUUUAUACCCCGCCCAUCUGGCUGAGUUUCCCCAGCCACUCUGGGUGGCUCCCAAUCAAAUGUUAAAAACAGUACAGCAUUAAAUAUUAAAAAUUUCCCUGAACAGGGCUGCCUUCAGAUGUCUUUUAAAGAUGGGAUAGCUGCUUAUUUCCUUCACAUCUGAAGGGAGGGUAUUCCACAGGGUGGGCGCCACUACCGAGAAGGCCCUCUGUCUGGUUCCCUGUAACCUCACUUCUCGCAAUGAGGGAACCGCCGCAAGGUCCUCGGCGCUGGAUCUCAGUGUCCGGGCUGAACGAUGGGGGUGGAGACGCUCCUUCAGGUAUACUAGACCGAGGCCUGUAUACCUCUUCUCCCCUUCCUUCCCUGGUCAGGGUUAACCAGGGCACAGCAUGGAGAAAGGGGUCAAUAUCUCUGACUUGCAUGAAUUUCAGCCUCAAAGGAAGCUCUGCAGUUGAGAUUAUGCCCCUCGGCGUUUAUGUGGCAUGUGCUCUUAUUCCGUAGGAGGUCAAAAGAACAUUUCUAAUUACUGAUAAUAGGGUUGCAAAGCUCAUUGUGGUCGGCAGGCCGCUCCCUUUUUAAAAAUAAAUUUCUGACAAGUCCAGGCGAGAACUAUUUAUGUUUUCCCGAAUAAGGGAAUGCGUAGCAUGCCACUUUGUGCAUUCUUCUUGCCAGAAACUGCUCCAAAGUAUCUUAACUGAAGUGGUUCAUUCCUGCAUUGCAGGGGGUUGGAAUAGAUGACCCAUAGGGUCCCGUCCAACUCCACAAUUUUAUAAUUCUUUGGUUUAUGUCUCUGUGAAUUUAAAGUUGCAGUGGAGGGAUUAAUGUCCCUUAAGGAAGGAAUUCUGCCGUUAACAGUGGAUAAGAUUAGUCAGUGUGGUGUAGUGGCCACAGUGGUCCGUGCGACGGUCACCUCCAGGCUUGAUUAUUGUAACUCACUCUACGCGGGGCUGCCCUUGAAGCUGACCCAGAAACUCCAGCGGGUGCAGAAUGCCGCGGCGAGGCUCCUUACGGGGUCCUUGCCGCGGGAUCACAUUCAUCCAGUGCUUUACCAGCUGCACUGGUUCCUGGUGGAGUACAGGGUCAGGUUUAAGGUGCUGGUUUUGACCUUUAAAGCCCACCGCGGCCUAGGACCCACGUACCUAUGGGACCGCCUUUCCUGGUAUGCCCCACAGAGGACCUUAAGGUCCACAAAUGACAACACCUUGGAGGUCCCAAGUCGCAAGGUGGUUAGAUUGGUCUCAACUAGGGCCAGGGCCUUUUCAGUACUGGCCCUGACUUGGUGGAAUGCUCUGUCACCAGAGACUGGGGCCCUGCGGGACUUGACAUCUUUCCGCAGGGCCUGCAAGACAGAGCUGUUCCGCCUGGCCUUUGGUUUGGACUCAGUCUGACCUUUAUGUUUCCCUCCCCUUAUGGUUUUGAUCUAUGGGCUACUAUUAAAAUGAGGCUGCAUUUUAAAUUGUAUUUUAACCUGUAUUUUAAAUUGGUUUUUAAAAAUAUAUAUAUAUUGUAAUUUUACUGGUGUUAGCCACCCUGAGCCCAGCUCUGGCCGGGGAGGGCAGGAUAUAAAUAAAAAAUUAUUAUUAUUAUUAUUAUUAUUAUUAUUAUUAUUAUUGGUUAGAGAGCUUCACUAGGACCUCCAGAGACCAGGGUUUGGAUCUCUGCUCAGCCAUGAAGCUCACUGGGCAACCUUGGGGCAGUCGCUGCCCUCAGCCAAACCCACCUCAUAGGGUUGUAGUGGGGAUUAAAUGAGGAGGAGGAGGACUACCGUAUGUACACCAGAGGUUUUCAACCUUUUUGUGUCCAUGGCUCCCUUGACUAACUACAGUGGUACCUCAGGUUACACAUGCUUCAGGUUACAUGACGCUUCAGGUUACAGAGUCCGCUAACCCAGAAAUAUUACCUCAGAUUAAGAACUUUGCUUCAGGAUGAGAACAGAAAUCGCACAGCGGCGGUAGCAGGAGGCUCCAUUAGCUAAAGUGGUACCUCAGGUUAAGAACAGUUUCAGGUUAAGAACGGACCUCUGGAAUGAAUUAAGUUCUUAACCCAAGGUACCACUGUACAUUCUUUCUGUGGCACCCCUGUGGGGCUCAGGAGCCCAGUUAUGCUACCCCUUUCCUGCAGAGCGGGCAGCCCCUCACCCCUUUUCGAAUGCCCUCCCUUGUGGAGGGCUCCCUCAGCCUCCUCUCCCCCAGCCUCCUCUCCCCUCUCCUUGGGGUCCUCUGGGCAGCUGCAGCUGCCACCCCCCCUGCCCCAAAGAGAGCUGCCUCCUCACACUGCCCCUCAAGGGCCUGGGAAGCACCCCCUGUCCAGCCCCAGAGGCACCAUUCGCCUGGGGAGCUCAUAGCUGGGGCUGCUGCAACAAACAGCUGUGCAAGCCUUUGGGAGGCAGAGACGCAAGAGGGCAUCUGAGGAGGGAAGGGAAGGGAAGAGAAGAGGGACAGAGGCCAGUGUUGCCCACGGCACCCCUGACCAUCAUUCAAGGCACCCAAGGGUGCCAGGGCAAACUGGUUAUAAACCACUGACGUAUACCACUUGGAGCUCCGUGGAGGAAAGAUGGGAUGGAAACGUAAUAAACAAACAAGCAAAAAGGCCCUCUUCAGAGUUAUUUGUAGAGAAACAAAAAACAUAUUUGCAUACAGUGGUACCUUGGGUUACAUACGCUUCAGGUUACAGACUCCGCUAACCCAGAAAUAGUACCUCGGGUUAAGAACUUUGCUUCAGGAUGAGAACAGAAAUUGUGCUCCGGCGGCGUGGCAGCAGCAGGAGGUCCCAUUAGCUAAAGUGGUGCUUCAGGUGUUUCAGGUUAAGAACAGACCUCCGGAACGAAUUAAGUACUUAACCCGAGGUACCACUGUACUUGGAUCUGCGAUGGAAUGAGCAAUAUUGGAAAGAUUCACAUCCAUGAUGCUCAAAUGGACCAGUGACUGCCUCUUCCCUUAAUUUACCUUGCAAGGUUGUUAUUAAAGGAAUAAUGCACACAGCCCACAGUUCCUUGAGGAAACCUGGCAUAUAAAUAAAUAGAUUGCACAAAACUGCUGGUGCAAGUCUUGCUAAGUUAAAUUUCCCAUUCUUAAAGUGAGCCUUGGAGAUGGUGGACUAAAGCGCUUCAAUAGGAAUCUUAUUUCUGGAGACUUCAACAUUUCCCAGACACACGGAAUGUCUGCUGUGACUUUGCCUAAGUACAGCAUGCUGUGCCUACUCCUGAAAAAAGUUCGGAAGGAAAAGAAACACCUCCAAAACCCUGGAUUUGAGGGAAUUCCAAAUUUAUUUAUUUUUUAUAAUUUAUUUUAUUAAUUUUAACAUAUAAAUUAUAAAAUGUACCACAAAACUUAUCACUUAUACAAUCUUUUUGGACUUCCAUCAGCACCUCUGAUGAUCCACCGUUUUAACCACUUCUUACGCAUUUCUUAACUUUAUAUUGCCUUUACAUCUCUUAAUAAAUCAUCCUCCCCCUUGUCCAUUUUUACAAUACUUCUAAUAAUACUCCUCACAAAACUUCUUGCAACCCUACAAAUGUCAUCUCUUCUUCACAAUUACUUUUCAAAUAGUCCGUGAAUUUACUCCAGUCUUCCGUGAAUUUCUGGUCUCGCUGGUUUCGAAUCCUUCCUGUUAGUUUAUCUAGUUCUGCAUAGUCCAUUAACUUCAUCCUCCAUUCUUCAAUCAACAGUAACUCUUCUUGCUUCCAUUUUUGGGCCAAUAAUAUUCUUGCUGCUGUGGGGGAAUUCCAAAUUAUGGAAUUGUGUGGAGCACGAUAGAUGUCUUGAAACUACAAAAUACUGUAACAAAUGUGGAGAAUUCUAGUGUUAACCACCAGACGCUCUACUUUGCAGAACUGAAUCAAAAAUAUGGUCGCCGCUGGUUACCGAGGAAGGGAAAACCAAUCCAUACAAGAUGAACCUGGCAUCCCAGCCACAGGUGAGAAACAUGAAGGAGGCUCUGUUUCUUUUCCGCCAGACUGUGCCCGCUGCAGGUAUGGAUUGAACCGUGUUGAUGCAGCAUAAAUGACACGCUCAUAGCUGCUGCUUGUGUUUUAUUCUAAAGGCACAGGCGUACUGUGUGUCACAUGUCUGGCAUAACACAUGCAUGCCCAGUAUAGGCUGAGGAGAAAAGUCAGUUGUGGAGGGUGGAGGAAAGAGUAUCGUGAAUCCAUAUACAGUCGUACAUUAAAUCUCAAACAGCUUGGCUCCCCCAAAAUAUUGGCUCCCGAACAAUCAAAACCCGGAAGUGAGUGUUCCAAUUUUUGAACGAUUUUUGGAAGCCGAAUGUCCAUCGCGGCUUCCGAUUGGCUGCAGGAGCUUCCGGCAGCCAAUCAGAAGCCGUGCUUUGGUCUCUGAACGUUUUGGAAGUCGAGCGUAUUUCUGGAACGGAUUCCGUUCGACUUCCAAGGUACGGCUGUAGAUGUUUUUUGAUUCAGCCAUCAAGAAUUGCCUUUGGGUGGGAAUGCCUUUAAUGUAUGGGGAAAUCCCGUAUCAGAAGUGGUGUUUUUGGCAAUUUCAGGGGGGGAGAAAAAGCUAUAAAACCUCAUUUUUUGUGAUUUGCACAACAGCAUUGCCCCCCUUCCCUCCCAAGAAAGCUCAACAACUUUGCCUUAAAAAGCUCAAUAACAUUUCUGUCCAGGUUUUCACUCUAUGAAAUAUGGAAAGCGUAGUCAAAACAGUAGGCCCUUACAGAUGGGGCCACACUCCGUAAUUUAGCCUCUAGAAAAGUGGUUGGCGGGACAUACAGCACUAGGAAGUAAUCCAUCACACAAUACAUAAUUAAGUUGAGGUUUCUUUCCACUAGAUUUUAUCGAUGACCAGUAGUAUAAUAUAUCGGGCAGCAGGAGAUUGUGGGGAGGAUGAAGUUCUGCAUCUGAGCAGUGCAGAAUUGUGGAAUUUAGAUUCACGUGAGAAUACAUGAUUGCCUGUGAAUUUGGGUGUUUGGGUGGCUUCUCUCAAUGUCAGCCACAACUACUUCCUUUUGGCCUCAUCCGCUACUGGCAUGCAGUAAUUGGAACAAAGCCCUUGGGUUCACAAAGGUUCUCUAGCCCAACCCCCUGGGCUGCAAUCGGAGAAGGGGGUGGGAGCCAGUGUGGUGUAGUGGUUAAGAGCGGUAGUCUCGUAAUCUGGGGAACUGGGUUCGCGUCUCCGCUCCUCCACAUGCAGCUGCUGGGUGACCUUGGGCUAGUCACUCUUCCUUGAAGUCUCUCAGCCCCACUCACCUCACAGAGUGUUUGUUGUUGGGGAGGAAGGGAAAGGAGAAUGUUAGCCGCUUUGAGACUCCUUAAAGGGAGUGAAAGGCGGGAUAUCAAAUCCAAAGUCUUCUUCUCUUCUUAUUCUGGGAUGCCUGCACCCAGGGCACGACCUCUGCAACACCCCCACCAGGAACUCGUAGGCACGAAGCUGUCUUCUGCACAUAAGCGCGACACCCGCCUCGAACAGCCACACCAUUCUUAAGUAGUAGUAGUAAUAAUAAUAAUAAUUUAUUAUUUAUGCCCCGCUCAUCUGGCUGGGUUUCCCCAGCCACUCUGGGCAGCUUCCAACAAAAUAUUAAAACACAAUAGUGAUCGAAAAUGGAAGACAAUAUUUCAUGAUUCAUUUCAUAAUAAUUGCUUACCAAGUUUCAUUUACCAGUUAUGUGAAUACAUUUUUCGUUAAUCUGUGAUGAUUUGCCUGUACCAAAGGGCUGCGGUGCAAACUCAAACACAUGUGAGAAAGCUAAAAGAAUCUAACGUCAUUUAGUAAUUGCAAUUGUUUCAGCAGCAAUAUGAAAGGCCAAGUAUAUUUAGUUAAGAGUCAGACUGAAUUUCUAAACACAGCAAAAUUUUAAGAAAAGAUGUACAAAUAAUUAUUUAAUGUAUUAUGCUUUGAACGCACUUUGAACUUAAGUACAAAGUUAAGUGCAGAGUUUUCUGGUCAGAUUGAAGCUGGCCUGAGGGUGGUGGAAAAACACAUUGAACUGCAGGAUUUGCGUGGACAGGCGGAGUCCCCAGAUCCCGAGCGGUCCCCCCCCCCAUCAUGUGGAAUAACGACUCAAGACAACGUGCUAUGGGAUUAAAUUGGCCACAACUUUAUUAAAUUUCAAAUGUGGGUAGACCUUGGCUCAGGCAUUGGGCGUUAUCCCUCCCCAGUCUCCAGCCGGGGACCUAGGGAGCUUCAGGGUUGUCCAGUGGGGGGGGAUGGGCCGGCUCUGGAGAACAUAUGUUCAAGCAGAGAUAGCCGCCCCCGUUACACCGCCGCCGCAGGGGAGAGCAAUGACGACCUUUCGGCGUACGGUCAAAGCCUCCCUUCAGAAACCCCUUUAACGGGGAACCCUGGUAUCGCUGCCGCAAAGAGGAAGAUGGACUAAAGGAUUCCGCCCAAGGCCUGAUACUGCCAAAGUUGUGACGUUUUGCUACGGGAAAGGCGAAACCUGCCAAUGCAGGGGAAUUCCUUUCCGGCCCUUUAACAGCGACCUUAUCGUAGCAGUGCCCGCAUACCUGUGAAGAAAAGUUAACCUGCAAAACCUAUGAAGAAAAGUCAACCUGCAAAGGAAGACAUUAACUGAGGGUGGGUAGGGUGGGAGAAGCUCUGGAGCCAAGUGAGGAUUCCCAGGUAAGAUCCUGCCUCUAUUGUGUGGGCAGGUAAUCCCUCCCCCUACCUGGCCUGGUCUCCUUGGCAACGCUUCCCCCAGGUGGGAUUGGGCAACUGACUGAGGUAUGCGGGGACCUCCAGGUAUCCCACCUGAGGGAAGGCAAAGCCAAGCCUAUGCUGAUGGGGCUGCUCCAGAUCCAGGGCUGCGCGCGUCCACGCAAAGGGCGCCCCCCGUUUUAAGCGGGGAGCGGUCAUUGUCAACGAAACUGCGAGAUUGUUGUGGGUGGCGGCUAAUGCUGUGUGAAUGCGCCUUCAAUGCGCUGGAUGGUGGAGUAAGUGGUCGUGUGUGUUAAGUUGUGGGCGAACAUAUCAGACGACACAGCGAUUCUUCAAACAGCUCUUGUUUAUUCAGAGGCCAGAACAGAACUGAACUGAAGGGUUCAGUCAGCCUGCUUAUAUAGAGCUCCAGUACAACGUAACUGUAACAAUUUUCUAAAACUAUCAAUCACUGAAUGUCACUUUCGAUCCCUUAUUUGCACAACUAUCUACACUAUUCCCCUGCUGGCCCAGGGUGAGAACUUCAGUACAUAACAGCGUGAACAUACCGUAUUUUUUGCUCUAUAAGACUCACUUUUUCCCUCCUAAAAAGUAAGGGGAAAUGUGUGUGCGUCUUAUGGAGCAAAUGCAGGCUGCACAGCUAUCCCAGAAGCCAGAACAGCAAGAGAGAUCGCUGCUUUCGCUGCGCAGCGAUCCCUCUUGUUGUUCUGGCUUCUGAGAUUCAGAAUAUUUUUUUUCUUGUUUUCCUCCUCCAAAAACAAGGCGCGCCUUAUGGUCUGGUGCGUCUUAUAGAGCGAAAAAUACGGUACCCCUUUUUGUAUGUGUGUGCCCUGCAUCUUAAUGAAAGGAAAUCCAGAAAAGAGAAUUGAGCUGCUUGCCCCAGGGUAAAUCGGCGAGUCCCUUUCCAUACGUCUGCCCCGCCCCAGAGCCAUACAUUCCUUUGCCAGACUGAUGUCAUGGCUGCGUUAAAACAGGCCACCGAUUGUCCUGAGGCUUUUUCCUUUCAAGCGCUCCCUGUCACAUCCUCUGGGGAUGAGGUCAUUGCAGCUGUUUUGUUUAGCUAUUCCCAUAGAAACCGGGGAAUGGAAGGCUGUAGAAACUGGGUGUGUGCUUUGACAUUUGAUAAGACCGCAGUAGACCUCGUGCCAAGACCUCUGAGUCAAGAGGUGAACAGCAUAGCAGUUUCCUGUCUGAAAUGCCCGGUGUCCUCAUCUGGCUUCAUAUUCGUCAUUGUUCCCGAAUCGUUUUGUCUUUUGCAUUGUUGUAAACACUUGGUAAACACAGAAAGGGAAGCUGGAAAUCUAAUCAGGCAGGUCUUCCCUCCCCAUCCAAGAAGAAGUUGGGUUUAACCUUUCCCUUUUUCACUCAGAUUUCAGAGCAUUUAAAAUUUCCCAACCAGAUGCCAUUUGGAAGACAAAAUUAAGACACUGCCGUGGCCUCCUUUAAUUUUCCUCUUUUUUUUCAAUCUCUUAUCUCUGCAUCUCCUUUUUUAAAAAAAAUGAGCUGCGAAUAUUUGGGACUAUGAGGCGGUUGGACCAAUUGCUACAGGUGUUGGGAAAACCAGAUUUGUGCUUGGGUACAGCAACAGAUAGGGACGUGGGUGGCGUUGUGGGUUAAACCACUGAGCCUAGGACUUGCCGAUCAGAAGGUCGGUGGUUCGAAUCCCGGCGACGGGGUGAGCUCCUGUUGCUCUGUCCCUGCUCCUGCCAACCUAGCAGUUUGAAAGCACGUCAAAGUGCAAGUAGAUAAAUAGGUACCGCUCCAGCGGGAAAGUAAGCGGCGUUUCUGUGUGCUGCUCUGGUUCGACAGAAGCAGCUUAGUCCUGCUGGCCACAUGACCUGGAAGCUGUACGCCGGCUCCCUCGGCCAGUAAAGCGAGAUGAGCGCCGCAACCCCAGAGUCAGCCACGACUGGACCUAAUGGUCAGGGGUCCCUUUACCUUUACAACAACAGAUUCAUGCAGAUCAUAUCGAUUUGCUCAUAAUUCAUUUCAGUGCUCAGCGCAGCUUCUAAAUCUUUGAAGCAUUUCAUUCCAUUUUGUUGAAAUCCUCACAGCAACUCUGCAGGGUUGGAGAACGUGGUUGUCCCGUAUCGCAGAGGAGGGAGUGGAGGUUUGAGGUUAAGAAAAUGCAGCUCGUCAGAGAUCUUUUAGUGAGCUUCAAGUCAGAUGCAAGAUUUCAAAUCGGGGCCUUGCUGAUUUCUCGCUCCCUCAUUCUGUUGCUAACUGUACCGUUUAAUUUAAUUUUCACUUCACUUUUAACUUGUAUAACAAAACGCCUUUUGCCUUUUUUUUAAAAAAAAAAAUGAGGUCACAGCUUUGCAAUAUUGAAUGAGAGUAUAAUAUUAAAUCAUUCCGAAAGCAAUAUUUGCGUUGGGUAGUUUGUUCAGCGGAAUAGCAUCGUAUCUGGAUCUUGAUUGAGGUAUUUGACUUUUUUUUUUUAAAUGGUAGAUAAUUAGCAAGAGUUUUCAAGCAACGUGAGGGAAAUUGCACAAUUAGAACUCUUUGCCCACGCAUCCUGUUCUGCUCUGCAUGUGAACAUAAUUGAGCAAAGCCCAACCAAGUGCGAGGCAAGCGUUUUUUGUGGAAGGCCAACAAUAAUUUGGUGCUGGUGUAGUGAUCGGGGCUGAAGAUGCCAUGGGGCAGCAGUGGGGCUGGCUAGGGAAUCCAACAGUCCCUGGGCAGACUCAGCCUCUCCCCACUGCCAGAAUGACCCAUCUCAGAGUUUUUGGCUAUCUGUCAGCUGCACGAAACCCACUGGCAGAGGCUGACAGGGAUGUGGGGGAUUCCUUUGCCCGAUCUAAACCUCCCUCGACUGCCCCUUAGCCCAGGGCAAAGGGGACUUGGACCCCUCUACCAUCUUCUAAAGAUGAUUCAUCAACAGGAGUUUCCACACGAGACCUUUGCGUUUCCUGCAUGACUACCUAGCCCAGGGUUUCCCAAACUUGGGUCUCCUGCUGUUUUUGGACUAUAACUCUCAUCAUCCCUGACCACUGGUCCUGCUAGGUAGGGAUGAUUGUAGUCCAAAAACAGCUGGAGACCCAAGUUUGGGAAACCCAGUCUUUGGCAAGGAAGGAGGUCCUUGAGAUGUUUAUCUCCGCAGCUUCCAUCCAAGUGAAGGUACAUGAGGCCUUCAGGCAUCUGCUUCCCAUGAAUGACUUGACUGCCGAACUGGGAAAUAAAUUCCGCUAGAGCUGGAGGAAGCCAACAGGUUGCUCUUUCGUGUGGGAGCUUUCUGGAUGCUGAAGGUGGGCCUGCCGAAGGCACCCAGCACUGUGGCCCACAUUUACCCGUGUCUGAAGUUGGCUAAAGGUAAAGGGACCCCUGACCAUUAGGCCCAGUCAUGGCCGACUCUGGGGUUGUGGUGCUCAUCUCGCAUUAUUGGCCGAGAGAGCCGGCGUACAGCUUCCAGGUCAUGUGGCCAGCAUGACUAAGCCGCUUCUGGCAAACCAGAGCAGCACACGGAAACGCCGUUUACCUUCCCGCCGGAGCAGUACCUAUUUAUCUACUUGCACUUUGACAUGCUUUUGAACUGCUAGGUUGGCAGGAGCAGGGACCGAGCAACGGGCGCUCACCCCGUCGCAGGGAUUCGAACCGCCGACCUUCUGAUCGGCAAGUCCUAGGCUCUGUGGUUUAACCUGCAGCUUGGUUUAAGGAUCCAUUCAGUUCCUAGCUUAUAUAUCUUGAGUUUCUAACACUGCCAGCACUACUCUGCGGCCUUCUCAAGCCUUUUUUUGCCGGGCAGAGACAUGUCCUUGGUCUUUGACAAUGCCUCUUGCUUCCCAAAAUGAAGGAUGGUGAGGUCAGUGAGUGACUGUAGACUCCUACAAAAUUAAGAGCCACAUCGUCGGAUCUGCCAAAUGUCCUCACCCUCUGUUCAAAUGUAGCCCCUGGAAGCUCUGGUCGAGAAAGAUUCUCCCCUCCAGACUUACAUGGUUGCCCUCCUUCUUGUAGAAGAAUUUUACAGCCAUCUUGCCCCAAAUCUAGACGUUCCGUUCUGGCAACUGCAACCUUGGUUUAAGGCAGCUAAUGUCCAUCCCGUCCCCAAAUAUGUUCCGCCCCCCCUUUGCAGACCGACCUUGUUUUUUGCCAAUUCCUUGCACAGCCGACGGACUGCUGCUUAUCACCCGCACGCCAGGCGCAUCUGAUUGUUCCCUCUGCUCCCUUGCAUGCAGGAUAUAAGGCACAUAGGAAGUGCACAUAACCGAAGUGCUAUGCCCUUCACUGCCGCCACCGCUGCUUCCAGCACUGCACCCAAGGUCAUCACUGCCCAGUACAAUAGCCCAGCGGGCCUAUACUCCUCGGAAAACAUACAGACCUUCAACGACGCGGUGGAGUCCAAGUCCGCUCAGGGCGACCAGGAGCCCAGCAAAAAGUAAGUGGCUCCCCAGUUUUGCGCUCGACAGCACCACCACCACCACACAAGGGAAGCCCCGUUCUCUACCGUAGAUGCACGGAGUGAGUGUAUUUCUGCUGUGACGCACCUCAAGACUUCUUUUCUUUCAGGUUGGCCACUGGGCUGGCAUGUGCCUGAGAACACCGGUUCUUCCGACGCGACAAAGAAAAACUAACGACCUUUCUGUUCUUUGAUUCCCCAGCUGCCUGUGCCGUUUCAGCGCGCUUUCAGUAUGACGUACGAGCCUUUAAAAUUGCCUCCCCGCUCGCUCAGGUGCUCGUCGCUUCUAUUAUGAGAAUAAUUGUGGCUUUUUGUGAUCUUCCCAACGAAAUGGGAUGGUCUGGCAGAGGGAGCACAAGGAAAGAUCUCUCUUUUCAACGGAAGGUUUUGUGGUCCUGAAAGUAACAUCUUUUUUUGGGGGGGGGGGUGAAGGGCUGAGAAACUUUUCUUAGAUGUUUAAAUCUUCAAGGUUCCCUAAAGGUAUCAAACAGGUUGCUUCCUUUUCCAACCCCUGAGAGCUUUGCAGCAAACAGAAGUGUACCUUAGUAGGAGAAAACGCAAGUUAGAAGUGACAUUUCUGCUGGAGGCAUAAAUGCUUCUGGGCACCAGUUGUGGUCCAUAGGAGGCGAGAGAUAUCUUGUUGGCCACUGUGUGUCCUGGACUAGAAUGAGUCUUUGGUCUGACCCAGCAGGCGCUUCUUAUGCUUUGAAUUGCUAAAUAUACCCUUCCACAGGAGAGGUUUUACGUCAUUGUGGUUCCUGUACACUUCACCAUUGCUGGCCCAAGAUAUUUUGCUUCCUGAAGUGGAACCAAAAUGCCCCCUGUCUUGACUAAGACUAGGACUUCUUUUUUUUAAGUGCAGAUAUUUGCAUUAUUCUGGCAGCAAUUCCUGCCUUCAUCUACCCAUCCCUCAUGAAGCGGGUCCCUACAUUUUAGUUACAGUGGUACCUCAGUUUUCGAACAUCUCAGAAGUCGAACAUUUUGGUUUUCAAACGCCGAAAACCCGGAAGUCACUACUUCAGUUUUUCGAACGCGUUUCGGAAGUCGGACGUGCCAUGCCGCUUCCGUAUUGAGCUUUCCGGAAGUAAAUGCUUUGGUUUUUGAAUGUCUCGGAAGUCGAAUGGUCUUCUGGAAUGGUGGUCCAGCGCCGAGGGCCUUCUGGUGGUUCCCUCGCUGCGAGAAGCCAAGUUACAGGGAACCAGGCAGAGGGCCUUCUUGAUAGUGGCACCCGCCCUGUGGAACGCCCUCCCACCAGAUGUCAAAGAGAACAACAACUACCAGACUUUUAGAAGGCAUCUGAAGGCAGCCCUGUUUAGGGAAGCUUUUAAUGCUUAAUAGGUUAUUGUAUUUUAAUAUUCUGUUGGAAGCCGCCCAGAGUGGCUGGGGAAACCCAGCCAGAUGGGUGGGGUAUAAAUAAUAAAUUAUUAUUAUGUUUGAAAACCGAGGUACCACUGUAAUCCACCAGUAGAAUAUUGUGUCUGUUCCUGACCAUUCCUUAAGGGCCUCACACCCUGACCUGGAAAUUAUUUUCCCCUAGUGUUUUAUGAGAUCCAAAUAGCCCAAGUCUUAUCAGUGUGGUAACUCAUCCAGAUGCUCUCAGAGAAGGAAUCCCUGUGGAGCAAGUUGAAAUCAGGUAGUUCCCUGGUCCCUUCCUUACAACAUGAAUAUAUUCUGCUUUGCCGGCCAUCUUGACUCCUCUUUGCCUCGCAAAUUCCUAAUGGAUGAAGUGAGUGCUCCCUCCCUGUCUGUUAGCGCAUACAUAACUGUCUGUAAGACUUAACAUUGGUGCAUCAAUCCACAGUCAUUCAAAUGAAGGGCUCACCCUGACUUCCAUUUGUGCUGUGAUUUCUACGGUAAAGGUUCAGGAUAGGUUUUUGUUUUGUUCCGCCACUUUCCCCGGAAUCGGAAAAAAUGUUAGUCAGGUUUGCGGCAGAAUGUUUGUUCCAAUUCAGUGCUAAACAGCGAGUUUUCCUGGGGAAAAGAAGCAGGACCAGAAAACAUGCUCAGACCUUUGUUUAGAAAUCGCGGCACAAACAGAAGUCUCGAUGAGCCCCAAGUUGUUCUAUGUUGAUAUUGUGCUGGCUCCUUGGCUGUGUGGAACUGUCUAAACCAGGCUUCCUCAAACUCAGCCCUCCAGAUGUUUUUGGCCUACAACUCCCAUGAUCCCUAGCUAGCAAGACCAGUGGUCAAGCAUGAUGGGAAUUGUAGUCUCAAAACAUCUGGAGGGGCGAGUUUGAGGAAGCCUGGUCUAAGCCGUCUUUUCCAAACUUGGGUCUCCAGCUGAUUUUGGACUACAAUUCCCACCAUCCCUGACCACUGGUCCUGCUAGCGAGGGAUCAUGGGAGUUGUAGUCCCAAGAGAGCUGGAGACCCAGGUUUGGGAAACUUUGGUCUAAAUGAAGCUGGUUUAGGGUUGCGAUUGGUGCUGUAAUUAAUUUAUGUCCUUUCUUCCCCACCUCCGUGGCCAAUUAUCAUCCCGAACGUACCCCAUCCUUUUUAAUGCCCUCCUUUCGUGACUAGUCCUUUGUCAUCUGCUGGAGGGUUCCAGGCUCCUUUUGCAUCGGUCUAUAACCCACUUCAGGCCUCUUCCUCCUCCCCUUUGCGAAGAAGGCACAGUAUGUCGUCCAUCCCCAGCCAAAUCCGAGUGGGGCCCGGACAGCUCAAGGAAGUUGCUCAGAUCUGCCCCAGCAGCCCUGUGGAAGUGGACGUGCCGGGACUCAAAGUGCGGCACGUACAGUUUAACUCUCCUUUACAGCUCUAUUCGCAGAAAAACAUCCUGGAUUCUUUGCAGGGGCAGAUCUCCUACGUUAGCCCCACCUUCCCCAGGUAAAUUUGCCUGCCUCACAUGCCGUUGAAUUAUCGUCCCUGCGCACAUUCACUUUCCUCAUCCUUUUGUGUGCAUCCAUCGCUCACUCAUCGCGGUCAAUUGUUGCAAAAAAAAAAUCAAAAAAAUCUCUACAUUCUUGUGAUGGAUGCAUCUCCUCAAGCUGAGAUUUGGGGUUGCUUCUGAAGUAACGUUUUGGAGAUUCCAGUCAGUGGAAGGGGCUCGCUGUGGUGUAAAUAUGCUGGAUUUGGGCAUGCUUCUCUAAUAUUCUUUUUUUGGGCGGUGUUGUGUUAAUCCUUUACACCCCUGUUUAUCGAGGAUCACCUUAUCCCUCUGUUAAAUAGUGGGUAGACAUAGCAGACGACGCAGCGAUUCUCCAAACAGCUCUUGUUUAUUCACAGGUCAGAACAGAACUGAACUGAAGGGUUCAGUCAGCCUGCUUAUAUAGAGCUCCAGUACAACGUAACUGUAACAAUUUUCUAAAACUAUCCAAUCACUGAACAUCACUUUCGAUCCCUUAUUUGCAUAACUAUCUACAGUAUCCCACUGCUGGCCCAGGGUGAGAACUUCAGUACAUAACACCCUCCAUCACAAGAUAGUGGUAUUUAUUAAAUUCCUAUACGGCCCUUCAUCCGAGGAUCACAGGGUGGCGUACAAUAGAAAAACACAAAAAUACACAACAUGGUAGCAAGCAAAAACAAUACCACCAUCAGUAUGGAGAGCCUUUUAUCAUGCAAACGUGGUUUCUUGUGCCUGAACCUAAAGCAUAAUAGGAUAAGAAAACGAGAGAGCAAGGUCUGGAUCAGGGAGAAAUUUGAGCGUGCAAAUUACCUGUGUAUGAGCCCGGGGGAAAUACUUUGGUGAGGACGACAACGUUACCUUGGAAUUGGCCCUUGAUGCAUGAAGCCUGUCUCAGUAGCUUUUCCCAAUUGCUCGUUUUUCUUCUCCUGUCGUGCAUGGUUCAGGUUGGUCAAACAGGCUUUCUUCACACAAGCAGGAAGGAUCUGUUCCAUGGAAUGUGUUGGAUUUUGAACACCAUCACUGGCAAGUUGUGACCACUCUAAAUGCUUUUUGUGCAUGCCCUGUGGCUGCCCAUUAGCUACAAACAGGCCAGUUCCCCUUGUUAGAAAUAAGGCAUUGUAAGAGACAACCGGGAUGCGGGUGGCGCUGUGGGUUAAACCACAGAGCCUAGGACUUACCGAUUGGAAGGUCGGCGGUUCGAAUCCCCGUGACGGGGUGAGCUCCCGUUGUUCGGUCCCUGCUCUUGUCAACCUAGCAGUUCGAAAGCACAUCAAAGUGCAAGUAGAUAAAUAGGUACCGCUCCGGCAGGAAGGUAAACAGUGUUUCCGUGCGCUGCUCUGGUUCGCCAGAAGCGGCUUAGUCAUGCUGGCCACAUGACCCGGAAGCUGUACGCCGGCUCCCUUGGCCAAUAAAGCGAGAUGAGCGCCGCAACCCCAGAGUCGGCCAUGACCAGACCUAACGGUCAGGGGUCCCUUUAACCUUUACCUUUAAGAGACAACCUGGCCUUUAAAGAAGCAAUAGUGGAAUAGAGAGAUGGUUGAAAAGCUUUAGAUAUUCCAAAUGUAGAAACCUCAUUUUCUAAUGGACUAAGAAAUUUCAGAAAACCUUCCAUUUAAAUGUGGAGCUCAACCAGCAGGAAACAGAAUAGCCUUGACCUACAGUUUGUAGAAUCAGGUGCCUUUCCUCAGCCCAGUUUGGAAGCAAGAUGAGCUGGGAGAGAAAUAUUCCAACCUGUUGAGCAUGAAGGUAUUGUGGUGUGGGAGAGAAAGAAAAAUGCUUUUCUCUGUCAUGGAUGCUUUAGGUGAGAUUCUGCAAUGCAGGGAGUCCCAUGCAAGCUUGCAAGUCUAUAAUUCUUUCAUAUGCCUCUUGAUGGUAAAAAAUUCACUCUACAGCCCAAACAUAUGUCAAGUUUUGACCCGGAAAAUUCUCUGAGGUUUAAUUUCCAUGCUUUUGCACAUUGUUCAUGUUGUUGUUAUCUUCAAUGACCGCAAUUAGUUAGGGGUUGCUUUUAGAGGCUGCAAUUAGUGAUUGCUAAUGAUAGUUCUGAGGGGAAGGAAUUGGUGGUGUGUCAUCACUGGAGCACUGGGUGAAGUUUUGAAGGUAAACCAUGCAAGUUGAAACAAAAUGUGAUUGAACCUCUUCAGAUUUAACAUACUGCGGUUUGUGUAUCAUGUUUUAAAGCAAUAGCUUGUCUUUUCAGUGUUUUAUCUUGAAUGAAAUGGUUAUAUUUUUAACUUAAACAGCACCUCCGCCUUAGGCCCACUUGAUAGUCGUGAAAUGUGCUGGAAAUAAUGUGCAUUAUUUCUGGCUCCUAUGCCUAAUGGUGAAAACUCAUCUGAAUAGGAAAAUAAGGGAUCUUUCUUUGUGCCUUCUGGAAGUAGAUAGUCAUCUUUGCAAGGCAAAAUGGAAUGUCUGAAUUGCCUCAUAGACCUGGUUCAAACGUAGUUCAUCACUCGAUAAACAUGAAGCGAGUCAUCGCAGGUCAAACCCUAUUGCUCUCAUAUUGCCUGAAGCAGAGAUGUUUCUACAUGAAGCCUGUUACAUGUUCAGCCACAGCCCAGUCAAGUGAUAUGCAUGAAUCAGCUCUUAUUGUUCUUCUUGUCUGUGUCUCUCACAAACAGCGAGUCUCGUGGAUCCAGUGUGUGGGGCAGCCAGUUAUGCACACUUAUUCAUGUUCAUUAUGUUGUGCUCAUCUGCAGUUGUGCAGCUUAAGCCAGUCUUUUGUUUUGUGAAUUGCCUGCUCGCCUGGGGUGAGUAGCAACAGCUGCCUGGGAAAAUCUGAUUGGCAAACGUCACCUGUCUUAGGCAGUGUGUGUAGCUUUCUCCCAUGCAGCCAAGAGGCGGAAUUUAAGCCUAUCGAUAACCCUCUAUGUCGGACGCGGGUGGCACUGUGGGUUAAACCACAGAGCCUAGGACUUGCCAAUCAGAAGGUCGGCGGUUCGAAUCCCCGCGACAGGGUGAGCUCCCGUUGCUCGGUCCCUGCUCCUGCCAACCUAGCAGUUCGAAAGCAUGUCAAAAGUGCAAGUAGAUAAAUAGGUACCUCUCCGGCGGGAAGCUAAACGGCAUUUCCGUGCACUGCUCUGGUUUGCCAGAAGCGGCUUAGUCAUGCUGGCCACAUGAUCCGGAAGCUGUACGCCGGCUCCCUCGGCCAAUAAAGCGAGAUGAGCGCCACAACCCCAGAGUCGGCCACGACUGGACCUAAUGGUCAGGGGUACCUUUACCUUAACUCUCUUGUUAAAGUAAAAGUACCAAAAAUUCUGGAGAUAUUCUAAUUCAGAGUCCAUUAGUUUGGACCCAGAGAGACCAGUAAACCUAGACCCCACAAACCCAAGCGGUAGGCAUCACACAUUAUAUUCUGGAAGCACCAAUAAUGGGGGGAAGUAACAAGAUUGGUGUAAGUGUAUACUUAAAAGUAGUUUUAAAAGGGGAAAUACCAAGAAACUACUGUUAGGAGGCAAUGACUGGCUUUUCCUGCAUUCUGUUGUAGAUUUAAUCUCACUGCCGCUUGUUUGUGCAAAGACACUUUCCGUCUCUAGUUGUUUCACUCUGUGUCUCAAGUUUUCUCUUACCUUAAAACAACAACAAAAAUGCUGUUAGCAGAUCUCUCAACACUUCAUUCAUUAAAGGGGUUUCAUUUAAUUUUUCUUAGCUUGGAACAACUUAACCAGCCUGCCGGUAACUUAGUGAUUGACAGAGACUCUGAGGUCUACAAGAUGCUGCAGGAGAAUCAAGAUUCGGCAGAGCCGCCUCGACAAUCCACCUCAUUCUUGGUCCUCCAAGAAAUUUUAGAAUCUGAAGAGAAAGGUAAAGGGGUGUGUGUGUGUACACGUUGGUUUUUAAGAAACAAGGACUGUUAAGCUCAAAGACUUGGCUGGAAAUACUGUAUUUUUCGCUCCAUAGGGUGCACCUAGUUUUUAGGGGGGGGGAAUAAAGAAAAAAAAUUAUUCCCCCCCCCCCAGCCGCGGGGCUGGGGCAGGGGAAGCCCGAGCUUCCCCCGACCCCAGCCCCCAGAACAGGUCCAGGAGCGGCGGCAAGAUUGCGCGCAACCUCGUCGCCGCACCCGGAGCUUGCGGGGCUGGGGACGGGGGAAGCCCGAGAACAGGCUGCUAUCCGCAAGCCUUCGGAGUCCGAAGGCAUGCAGAUAGCUGCCUGAAGCCCGGGGAGCGCAGUGGGAGUUGGCGCUGCGCUCCCCGGGCUUCAGGCUGCAGGCUGCUAUCCGCAAGCCUUCGGAGCCCGGCGGGAACUCCCACUGCGCUCAGAAGGCUUGCGGAUAGCUGCCUGAAGCCUGGAGAGCGAGAGGGGUCGGUGCGCACCGACCCCCCUCACUCUCCUGGCUUCAGCGAAAGCCUGCAUUCGCUCCAUAGGACGCACACACAUUUCCCCUUCAUUUUUGGAGGGGAAAAAGUGUGUCCUAUAGAGCGAAAAAUACGGUAAUAGAGGGAGAAGGAAGCAGCAUUUGAUCCUUAUGACCCUUGCUCUGAACCAGCUCCCCUGUGGGACAGACAUGUUGCAAAGUUACAUUGAUGUUCUUAAAAAUAGCAGCUGCGAGGAGGGAAAUCGGGGGCUAGAGGGCAGGGAGAGGGUUUAAUCUUUCCACACGGUAGUCCCGGUGGAAAUUGCCUUCCCCUCGACCCCCAAGAAACGACAAUUUGGCUCAGGAGGGAAGCUCCUUUUUAUCACACUCAUCAAACCACAUUCCUUAUAGGGAUUAUAAAGGAGUGCUUUAGACUUCUUAUGGGAAAGCUAAGUCAUUCUGGGUACUUAAUAUGGAGGGAAGCUGUUGAAUGUGGGAUAGAUGCAAGAUUGUUUGGUUUGGUGGGGGAAGCCGAGCUGGGAACUGAGGGUCAAAACUGAGCAGUGAAAAUUCACCGAAAUCUGCACUUCUGACAUGGGCUGCCAUACGGCUGGAUUUUCCCAGACAUUUCAGCAAUUUCCACUCGGACACUGUUUACAAGGGCCAAAUACCGGCUACGUUCAGAAAAUUCCAGACGUAUGGCAACCCAACACAAAACCAAAACACUCUUAUCUGCAAUAGUAUUCCUGUUGUAACCUAUGCAACAUUUCAGUCCUUCAAAACCACUGCCAAAAGCCACAGGGGUGGACUUCAGACUUUCAAAUUUCUGCCACACCUUGUGUGAGGCCAAAAUUUCAUUGGACAUGCAUUUUUAUAUAUAUAUAUAUAUUUACUUCAACAUGGUGCCAGGGAAAUAUCUCCAAGGAUGCUGUUUUAUUUCCUCAGCAGAAACCAUGGCCUGUAUUGAUUUUAUACUCAAGACAGUUCUCCUAAUCUGUAAUACUGGUUGCUUUAAAAUACCUACAGAUCCCAAUAAGCCCUCCGGAUUCCGAAGUGUAAAAGCACCAACAACCAAAGUCGCGGCAUCGAUUGGAAAUUCUCAGAAGCUUCCUGUCUGUGAUAAGUGUGGAUCUGGCAUCGUGUAAGUAGCAGAACGAGCAGUCAUUGGAGACUGCGUUGUGGAGAGGCUGUAGUUCAAGCAUAGGCAAACUUGGCCCUCCAGAUGUUUUGGGACUACAGCUCCCAUCAUCCCUGAUCACUAGUCCUGUUAGCUAGGGAUCAUGGGAGCUGUAGUCCCAAAACAUCUGGAGGGCCAAGUUUGGCCAUGCCUGCUGUAGUUUGAGGAAAGACUUUUCAGCUUUGAGAAAAUGGUUAAGGGAGGGUUGUGGUGGAAGUUUUAGUAUCAAGUAGCAUGUGAAUGGGUAAUCAUGAACUAAACAACAGCCAAAUACCACAGCAACUGGGUCUUAAAGCAACAUGAACUGGCCAUUAUUACUCAUGAGUGAAGCCUAUUCAUGUGAUCUAUGGAAAGCAGGGUCAACUGGCGAUGUGAGCUUUUUUGCAUUUUGUACAGUGGUACCUGGGUUUACAAACUUAAUCCGUUCCGGAAGUCCGUUCUUAAACCAAAGCGCUCUUAAACCAAGGCGUGCUUUCCCAUAGCAGCGGGGGACUCAAUUUACAAAUGGAACACACUCGACAGGAAGCGGAACAUGUUCUGCUUCUAAGGCAAAGUUCACAAACCAAAACACCUACUUCCAGGUUUGCAGCGUUCUUAAUCCAAGUUGUUCAUAAAGUAAGCUGUUCUUAAACCACGGUACCACUGUAUAAGGUUAUAAACUUCAUUAGGGAAAAGGUAAAGGGACCCCUGACCAUUAGGUCCAGUCGUGGCCGACUCUGGGGUUGCGGCACUCAUCUUGCUUUAUUGGCCGAGGGAGCUGGCGUACAGCUUCCGGGUCAUGUGGCCAGCAUGACUAAGCCGCUUCUGGCGAACCAGAGCAGCGCACAGAAACGCCAUUUACCUUCCCGCCGGAGCAGUACCUAUUUAUCUACUUGCACUUUGAUGUGCUUUCGAACUGCUAGGUUGACAGGAGCAGGGACUGAGCAUCUGGAGCUCACCCAGUCACGGGGAUUCGAACCGCCAACCUUCUGAUCGGCAAGUCCUAGGCUCUGUGGUUUAACCCACAGCGCCACCCACGUCCCGUAUGCCUAUUUCAUAUGGUGUUCUUUCCUGGUCUCCCCAACUUGUAUCACAUUUACAGCCCUCUAUGAGGGCAGAGGUCUGCAGUCGAGAGCUUCCUCUGCUCAAGGAGGCUGCCCUUCCCUCUGGCAGGUCUGUGGCAGAUUUUAAUAUUUUUAAAAACACGCCCCUAUUGCGUAUUUGCCAGCACCUCUUCCAAAAGAUCUGCAUGGUAGCAAAUGUGCCAUGCAGCUGUGGCGGUGGCAGCAAAACAUUGGGCAGGCAAUUAAAUUUCCCUGCCCUGUGCUUCAGGGCUGAGCUGAUGUAAUAUUUACUGUAUUAAUUGUAAUAUUAAUAUUUGUGUUCUGCUUUUCCAACAACAAAUGUUGGCAGAACCGCAUCUGCUAAAUGGUUUUAAGCUUUUGCCAGAACAGCACCUCUUCCAGAUACGAUGAAUCACAUUACAGUGAUGGGCAGCAUUACCCAAAUGGGCAGCAUAUAAUAAAAUUAUUAUUAUGGGUGCCCCCAAAGAAUCCUGGUUAUCUUAGUUCAAGAGUGAUGAAAGUUAUUAGCAGACCCCUUUCCCCCCCACAGGUCCACAAUUCCCAGAGCGGUUUAACAAUGAACCCCUCUUCGCAGUAACCUUUAAUCCAAGUUAUAUGACCUUCCUAGGGACGUGGGUGGCACUGUGGGUUAAACCACAGAGUCCAGGAUUUGCCGAUCAGAAGGUCGGCGGUUUGAAUCCCCGCGACGGGGUGAGCUCCCGUUGCUCAGUCCCUGCUCCUGCCAACCUAGCAGUUCAAAAGCACGUCAAAGUGCAAGUAGAUAAAUAGGUACCGCUCCGGCGGGAAGGUAAACGGCGUUUCCGUGCGCUGCUCUGGUUCGCCAGAAGCGGCUUAGUCAUGCUGGCCACAUGACCCGGAAGCUGUACACCAGCUCCCUCGGCCAAUAAAGCGAGAUGAACGCCGCAACCCCAGAGUCAGUCACGACUGGACCUAAUGGUCAGGGGUCCCUUUACCUUUUUAUAUGACCUUCCUGAAUUUUGAUCCUGGUUCUGUUUUCUUCCCAGAGGUGUGUUUGUGAAGCUCCGGGAGAAGCACCUCCACCCAGAGUGCUACGUGUGCAGCGACUGCGGAACAAACCUGAAGCAAAAGGGGCACUUCUUUGUGGAGGAUCGCAUCUACUGUGAGAAGCACGCCCGGGAACGGGUUACCCCGCCUGAAGGAUACGAUGUGAUCACUGUGUUUCCAAAAUGAGUGUUUUUCCGGCACCCUACCAGGCACCACUGUCUUCUGCCUCUGAAUUCUCCUCGCAGUCACGGAGGCUCAGCGAGGCUUUUGCCAGUGGACCUUUUUAGUAAGUGAACCACUUCCAUUUUUAUAAAGAAAAUCCGCUCGGUCGGAGGGAAUUGCCCCUCUUUUUGAUAAUGCAACUCUUCUUCCGCAACUAAAAAUUGGAUGCCAGAGGCCAAGCCACACGAUUGUUCUUUUUCUACUCAAUAAAAGGAGCUGACUCAAACCGCUGUCUGCAUUGUGUUUGAGUUAGCAUUGUGUGGACUAGAUGCAGAGCAAACGGGAGUAUACACCAAAAGUACUCCUGUCUCAAAGUUAGAUUUUUAAAAAUCCAGGUCAGCAAAAAUAUUGCCUCUCCCUCACCAGUGUGCUUUUCUGCUUCCCACUUUGAUAUCAUUUACACAAGUUUCUUGUCAGGGCUGGGGGUGUGUUGCAUGAUGUCUCAGAGUUCUGCAGUCUGUGGAAAGGGCUUGCUUACUUUAGUUUCCCAUGGUGUGGUUUUAUAAAAAGAACUGCCUGUUCCCCGUUUCCUUCUGCUU